AUGGCUCGCGUUCUCUCACUGGUGUGCCUUCUGGCGGUGGCCUGCCUGGCCCUGCUGUGUGGCUGUGAGGCCUCCUACCCCCUGGCCGUCUCACACGGACACGGGUACUACCCGCACAGCUACAAGUACCCUGGCUACGGAUACAACACUGGUAAACAUGGCUAUGGUUCCUAUGGUUACGCUGGCCAUGGAUACCCUGUUCGUGGCUAUAAUAGCCACUACAGUUACCCAGCUCACGGCUAUGGUAGUCACUACAGUUACCCCGUGUACAGCCAUCAAGGAUAUGGAUAUGGCUACAACCACGGGUAUAGCCUUGGAUACGGCCAUGGCCACAGCCAUUGGUGA